UGUGAUGUGUUAUAUGUGUAUACCUAAUCCUACUAUGAUGGUAAUCUGUAUACGUGAUGUAAAUAUGUAUGUGUUCUAUAUGUGUACCUAACCUUUUGGCUUAUAUCAGCUGAUUUUCUAUAAGUGAAAAAAUGUUGAAUUAUAUAAUCAUUUCUUAUGAUUUUAUUUAAAAAGGUACAUAUUACACCAUCUUGAACACAAUCAGUUUUACUUUACAAAAUUGAAACAUCAAUUUAACUGCAUGUCGAUAAUACAGAUUCCUAUGCACGUGUAUAAACAUUGUGGCAUGCGGGUGAAUCGUGCAAGGAUCGUUUCCCAUACUUUACGAGUGUUUGUUAUUAAAUUUACUUGUUUUUAAAAUGAGUGAUGAAGAAAAUUCAUUUCUGGACCAAGAUAAGGACCAGGCACAAAUUCGUGCAGAAUUAGCAAAUAUGAGUUUUGAAGAUUUACAAAAAUUGAAAGAAAAACUUGGUACAAAGGUGUACAAUGAAACAUUAUUUGGUCCUCGGAAAAAAAAGAUAGUAACUUAUAAAAGAGAAAAUAAGAACAGACCUAGAGAAAUGUCCACGAAGAAGCAAGUACCAAGAUUUAGGGAAAUAAUACAGGUUAAAAAGAAUAGACCUAGAGAUCCACGCUUUGACAAUCUAUCCGGUGAGUUUAACGAGAAAGCAUUUAAACAUGCAUACAGUUUUAUCAAUGAAAUCAAAGAGGAAAACUUAGCUACAUUAAAAAAUGAGUUGAAGAAGACCGAGGAUCCAAAAGAAAUCAAAAAGAUCAAAUAUCUUAUUCAGCGAUUAGAAAAUCAAUUGAGAGAGCAGAAAAAAUUGAACAUGAAGAAAGAAAAGCAAAUUCAGGAAAGGAAAGAAAUAAUAAAUGCUAUCAAAUCUGGGCAAAAACCUGUUUUCAAAAAGAAAUCCGAAAAGAAAGUCUUGGAUUUGAUAUCUAAAUAUGAAGAAUUGAAAAGUUCAGGAAAACUACAGACGCAUAUUAAAAAAUUACGCAAAAAGGCUUUACAUAAAUCCAGACCGCAAAUGGAACAAAAGAGAUGGAAUGUUACGGAUAUGGAAUGAUAAUAAAUUUAUAGGUAUAUUUAUUAAAUUUAUCAUUAUUAAGAAAAAUAUUUAAAAUGAAGAAACUAGUUCUUAAGACUAAAUGUAUGUAUUUUUAUGAUGUACACAUAGCAAACAAUAUAUCAUUCAUGUAAAAAGAAUUCUUGACUAACCAAAUAGCAUAAUAAUAUCUUGUAAGAUAUUCUAUUAAAAAUUUUACAAUCGGUCAUUUGACUGAUCAUAAUAUAUUUAGAGUUUAUUAAAAAAAAAACUUUCUUAUUAACUUAUUUUUAGUAUUAUCAUAUAGAAUAUAUGGUUUCUCAAACUGUUCCACUCGUUAAGCCGUUACUCAAACUCUGAAUAUAGAAUAAUCGAAUAAUAGUUUUAGAUGGUAGAUUAAAAGAUAAAAACGCUGGUUAAUUAUGUAUUUUUUAUUUAACAUCAAAAGUAAUGACACUUGGGUUGGACAAUGUCUCUCGCUUCAUCCUUAAUAUAUUUCAUGUGUG